CUAAGCUAAUCCUACACUUACCACAAUGGCAGCAUUCGCAGCUGGCAGCGUCCCCCCCGCUCUCCGGUAGGUCAUCUCACAAACUGUGUUGAUGGGUGCUGAUCACGAGAGCUUUAGCGGCGGGCGCAACAACCGGGGCAUUUACACCAUCUGCGCCCUCAUCGCCGGGGGCCUCAUCAUACAUCGGUAUUACUCGAGCUCGCCCGCGGACAAGGAUGCCCUGCCAUUCCCCUACGGCGAUCACAAGGAUCCCGAGAAGAAGAAAAUCGUCAAACAUCCUUGACGUAAAAGCUAUCUCGACGGGCUGGGGAAGCAGUAACUAGCGAUUUGGCUUUAUUUUGCAACGAACCUUUGUGUCUGGCUUAUGUCACUGCACGCUGGAAAAAUACCUCGUUUGCUCUAGUUUGCGAAUAUCAUCUUGGAUGUUGCGUCAAUGCGAAGAUUGGUGGUGAUUGGUGGUGGUGUUCCUGCAGGGAAUUGUAGACUCGGUCGCAAUUGAUGAAGCAUCCGUAGUUGUGUAUGUCAGCACAUAUAGCGCUAGAGCGUACAGUCCCGACCGGGCGGAAGCAUUGGCGUUUUACACCUCCCUACAUCAUCU